AUGGACCAAUCUCGCCUCCAAAAGACUUUCUCGACGGUCCAUCUCGUGUAUCAUCGCAACAAAAACCAGCACGGGAAGACUGCCUGGUGGAAAUGGUUAUCAAUACUACGACGGUCGCUUCUAAAGCUCCUGCUGCUGCACCCUGCUGAGAAAAACAAGAAGCGGCAGAUAAUGCUCAUCUCAAAAUACUUGCAUACUCAAGUUAUUCCGAACGCUUACGUUGCGUUCUCAACUGUCGUAGCCGAUGGGCAGUUCUCUACACUCGGCACAGUUCUCUUGGCCGCGCUCGCGCAGACGAAGAAAAUCAUUCUUCCACUGCCACAACCAAAGCCAAACCACUCCGAGAUAAAUCAGUUGCCGCCAUCUUCUAUCACGACAAAGACAAAUGACGCAGACGACGAUUUCGGAACACCUAUUCGUCGCGCCCCUGAGCACGACGCUGUUGAACUACCGAAAAUCAACGAGCAACCUGCGGAACCAAAGAAAGUCAAGAAAAGUAAAGCCAAGAAAAAGAAAUCCGCCAAUGCUAUUGAUGAUAUCUUCAACGCCUUGAGAUGA